AUGUCGCGCAUUCGCAGCCUUGUCCGCCCUCGAGGUAUCAACCGCCACUCAGACACUGUCCACCACAUCAUGUCUAGCUCCGAUGAGGACUACGUUGCGGACGAUUCAGACGAUGACAGAAAUGCCCAAACGGCUACCGGUACUCACGGGACCAGAAGCACUGGACCUGUAAGAGAUGCUACUAAUGGCAGAGGGGUUCGAGGUGGGGAUGGCAAGGAAAAGGGAAAGAAGCAAGCUGCCUGGGAGAAGAUUAAUAGGAGUUGGGACAUAGUAAUAGAGGGCGCUGACGGGAGCAUCAACUCUGCUGUUGACGGUCUUAUCAGGCAGAACAAGAGGAAGCGACUUUUGAGGGAUACAACACCGCUACAAAGAGGAAUUAUAAGACAUCUAAUUCUGAUUAUUGAUUUAUCGUUUGCGAUGGUAGAGAAGGACCUGCGGCCUACGAGAUACAUCUUGACGCUACGAACCGCCACCGAAUUUGUCACAGAAUACUUUGAGCAGAAUCCUAUUUCACAGCUAGGCAUUAUUGGGAUGAGAGAUGGAAUUGCUAUUCGAAUCAGUGAUAUAAGCGGAAACCCUACGGAACACAUUGAACGGUUGAGAGCUCUGGGAGAUCAACAGGGCCAGGGGAACCCAAGUUUACAGAAUGCCCUUGAAAUGAGUAGAGCCGCGCUGUUCCACGCUCCCUCUCAUGGCACAAGAGAAGUGCUUAUAAUAUACGGUGCUUUACUAUCCAGCGACCCCGGGGAUAUCCAUGACACAAUAGAGAGCUUGAUUACGGAUCGGAUACGAGUAUCUAUCGUUGGAUUAGCUGCGCAAGUUGCCAUCUGUGCAGAACUAUGCGAAAAGACAAACGCAGGCGACAAAAAUAAUUAUCAUGUGGCACUGGACGAGGAACAUUUUAAAGCACUGGUAAUGGCUACCACCACGCCACCAGUUACUCAAACCAAACAGCAAUCUCAGUCGUCUCUACUUCAAAUGGGGUUCCCGUCGCGGACCUUGGGAGUUGGCAAGACCAUGAGCUUCUGUGCCUGUCAUAGCAAAUUGAGUAGAGGCGGCUACCUGUGUUCACGUUGUGACAGUAAGGUAUGCAGUCUUCCCGCUGAGUGUCCUGCUUGUGGCCUCACCCUGAUCCUCUCUACCCAUCUUGCCCGCUCUUAUCACCAUCUCUUCCCUCUCAAAAAUUGGGUGGAGGUACCUUGGUCCGCGGCAAGCGUAUCGAAAGAGUGCUACUCGUGUCUCGCUCCAUUUCCUCCUAUGUCCUCUGCUCCUUCUCAGUCUUCGAACAAGGCGAAAACAAGUCGGGAAAAUGGCGAAAAGGAUAAACUGGACAGCGAGAAUAUAGCUGCGAAUGAUAGUGAAAGAUACGCUUGUGAGGUUUGCAAUAAUCAUUUCUGCAUUGAUUGCGAUGUUUUUGCCCAUACGAUCUCUCAUAAUUGUCCUGGGUGUCAAAGUGAUACCCGGGGCUUGAUAGAGAAUGAUAGCGUCGACAGAAAUAGAGGGCAUGGUACGAUUGUUGCUGAUGUUGAAAUGGCUGGAUGA